AUGCGCUUGGGACAAACUAUGCACUACGGAGAAACUGCAUCUUUCGUAGCUGGUGGCAAGAGAUUGCCUGUCGUCGCUGCUAUUGCUACAAUAUGUCGCGCUUCGAUGGUUAUUCCUGUUUCAGAAGGCCUGUCCCAACUCAAAUGGAAUGCCUUUGCUCGAUCUCAACGUCCCCUUGAUGACUUGAAAACUUUCGAUCAAGCAAGUCGCGGCCCCUUUGGCUCUUUGCUGUUACUGUCAAAAACCAGGGGAAGACUAUUAGGUGUAAGCACGGUUGCAGCCGUCGUACUUAUUUCUGGCUUGGCAACAUCAUCACUUACACAGGCAACCAUUGCGUUUGGGCCUCAAAUGCGAAGACUGUCAGAGAACGCUAUUGCCAACAAGGCCAGUAGUAUCAAUUCAAAUGACUGGCAAGAGCUGAAAGAACAGUUGAUGAACGGUGCUUUCCAAGCAUAUUGCCCAUCUUCUUGCCAUUGGAAUAAGUUCAGAACCAUUGAUAUUUGUGAUGUGCAACGAAACGUCACAGACCAACUGAAGCUUCAACUUCGAGAUCCAGAUAACCUGGGUGAUUUUGACGAGACGCAGGGCGUGGAUCCAGGUGAAGAUCAAGAUGCAGAGUACUGGAGUGUUACACUGGGCGACAGUUUUCGGGUUGACGACAUGAACGCCUACAACUGGGUUGCUGCCACUGAAUCGAUGCGCGCUGAAAUGGCCAAGGGUUUAUGCGGAGAUGAUAUGGAUAAGUUUCCCAUUACUACCCUAACCACACAGCUUUUUAUCUACAAAAAGCUCUCAUAUCCGGGAGACCCGCCUGUACGAUCGUAUAAGGGAGCCAUGAGCCCAUACAGAGCCGUUGCGGUAACUUGGUACUGGUGCAUCAAGGAGUAUGAAAUGGAUUUGACGGCUGGCGCGACCCAUAUCAAAGCUGAAGAAACUGAUUAUCAGGUGAUCAAUGGCUCACAAAACAACUAUCCAUUUGAUUGGGAUGUCAUUUUAGUGGACAAUCAAACGUUAGAAAAGUUUCCCGUCACUCUUGGAAGCUGGGGUGGAUCAUCAGCCUGGAAGAUCGAGCCGAUGGGUCGAGCUAGUGAUGCCAUGCCGGGAAAGGCCAGCGACCGGAUAAUAGGCAAUGCGACAUUGGUAGAAGAUGACCCGUGGGACAACAUAAUGGCCUGGAAGGAAGAUACGACUACGGCAAUGAGUGCAUUGGUUUGCACCUACAAGACCGAUGAAAGUAACACCAUUCAGGGUUACGCAGAAAUCGGCCAACCGACAAUAAUCAUCCACUGGGCAUGGCUAUCGCUUUUGGCUACUCAGAUCCUGUUAAUGGUAGUAUUUGUGGUUUAUGUCAUCUUGGAGACUGCCAAGCUAGACAUUCAGGUUGUUAAAGGCUCUAAUAUUGCAGAACUCAAAGCUAUGGGUCAGGAAGAUUCGAUUCGAGAGUCAGAGUAUGUACUAGCUGGGGGAAUUGCAGAGAGUGUUGAUGCAGAUCUCGUGGGAAGGCUAGUAAAGAGCAACAGUGGCUGGAACUUGAAGGUGAAUCGCAGAGCUGUUGGCUAG